AUGCCUUCCGCAAGCAUAGACGCGGUGGGCGACUUUAACAUUGUCGGCGGACACCCGGAAGCUCAGCCUCGUCUAACGCAGCCGCUGAAAUACGCCGGUACUCUCGAUGACUUUAGGCAGAAUGAUAUAACUCCUGUUAUCGGUCGCGAGUACUUCGGUCUCCAGAUCAGGGAUCUAUUGGCGUGGGAUGAUCAACUUGUGAAGGAUCUUGCUGCAACCAUUUCCCAGCGAGGUGUCGUGUUUCUGCGAGACCAAGAUGUGUCACCAAACGAGAUGAAGGACUUCAUCGUUCGCUUGUCCACGCUGGCAGGCUGCCCAUCUUCAUCCGAACUUCAUGUACACCCCUUGACGGAAGAAGGGAGCGAGCUGGGAGAUCAAAUCUCUGUCAUAUCGAGCGCAAAACAAAAGAAAGGAGGCGGUUUGACUCAUCAACUAAAUGACGUGAGCCGGUUCGCAAGUACAGGUUGGCACAGUGACAUCACCUUUGAGAAGGUCCCAUCAGAUUAUGCCAUGCUCAAAAUACACACCCUGCCACAGACUGGUGGUGAUACGCUAUGGGCUUCCGGGUAUGAGAUAUACGACCGUCUCUCCGACCCGAUGAAGAAGCUCCUCGAGGGACUGACUGCAACCCAUGAUGCAAACUUCUUCCACGAAGAAGCCGAGAGACUCGGCAAUCCACUCAGAAAAGGAAUCCGAGGCUCGCCUCUCAACCAAGGCGGCGACUUGAAGACGGUCCACCCCGUGAUUCGCACCAACCCAGUCACGGGCUGGAAGUCUGUCUUUAUCAAUAAGGGUUUCACCACUAGGAUAAACGGCGUGUCGAAGGACGAGUCGGAUAUACUCUUGAACUACUUAUUCAACCUGGUGACUCAGAACCAUGAUGCGCAGGUGCGCUUCAAGUGGAACAAGAAUGAUUGUGCCAUCUGGGACAACAGAUCGACUCUUCACUGCGCAACAUAUGAUUAUGAAGCAGCAAGAGCUGGUGAUCGGGUGGCUAGCUUGGGAGAGGCACCAUACUUUGAUCUCGAGAGUAGGAGUCGCAGGGCUGCGCUGGGUAUCUAA